CUCUUUCUGUGUUGGAUGAGGCUGAACAAAAGCCUCCAGUUGUAUUGGAGACCUCCUCCGGAUCGGAAGGAUCAUGUGAGGCUAAUGGUUCAAUAUCUCGGGUUGGUUUUAUCCUCCCUCCUUCUUCACCUUCUCACCCUACCUUCCUGUGGCAAGGAAAAUGUUAACCUUGCUGUGAGUCAGAUCUGUGAAGCAAACAGGGAUGGCAACUUUAUGUCAAAUAUACCCAGGAAAAUAGACGGUGUUGUCAUAGAGAGCCAAGACGAAAGGGAUGUAGAUUGUGUUAUAACUUUCCAAACUGAAUCCGUUCUCACAAAAUUCCUUCUCAGGUUUGAUCGUCUGAAGAUCGAUUGCAACGAUCACCUGUAUAUCUACGACGGGGCACACGACACAGGAUCGCCAAGGGCGCACAUCACGUGUGACUCUGUUGCGAAUAAAGUUGGUUCGAACGGAUUUAUAAUCACGAGAACCAACUUUGUAACCUUAAAGUACAAAACGGACAGCUGGGGAACAGAAAAUGUCGGCUUUACUCUCGUCAUCACGGCUUUCAAGAAUGCUCGUGAGUCAGGUUGCAGGGAAGGAUAUCAAUGUGAUUCUUUCUUCUGUAUCAGCCAGGACCUAGUCUGUGAUGGAGUACAUCACUGUGGACAUGGACAGGAUGAAGGAGUUAGUAAUAACUGCGCAGGAACAGGUUUGCUGCCAAUGCUAGGGCUGGAGACUGGACAGCUGAUUGGUGUAGUAGGACUGCUGGUUCUGCUGUUGCUAGGAGGAGGAGCUGCAGCCUGGAUCUGGACCUGUAGGAUCAACAGAGAUCAACAGACAAGAUCAACACUGGUAGCAAACAGUUAUCAAAUGCAAGGUGAGGGAGAAUACAUGAACGGUGUUACAACAACAAUUAUUGAUAGAAAUGGGUCGGGAAACAUGCGUCUCCCUGUACAAGGCCGAGAGUACAAACGCUGCAGAGGACUCCUAUGGUUGGGAUGAGGAGUUCAGCUCAAGGGAGCAGCUCCAGUAGAGGAGCUCCUCUGGGGAGCAGCUUCAGUAGAGGAGCUGCCCUAGGAAGCAGCUGUACCAGUGAUAUACCAGGGAAUAACAAGGAUGCUGAAUGGUUUGUUUAACUAAGAGCUGAUAGGAUAGUUGCCUGACAAUUCACAGGUUCAAUUCCAGUCAUAUCAUGAUAGUUCAUGAUAGUUCUUAGAUCAAGAUGAUCAUGAUCGAAAAUGAAAGAAUAUCUUUUAUGAAAGUUCAACAAACCAUUUGGCAAACUUGUUAAAUCUACUGAUAUGUACUCAUUGAUCAUUUUAACAAUAAUAUCUAUUGUAACAAUAUUUUAUCAAAUUGUUAAAAUCUUCAAUAAAUUUCAACAUUGUAGCAAUUUUAUCCAAUUAUAAACCUCUUUAAGCCUAUCAGUGUUUUAUUCAUAAAAAAGAAACUUUCAAAUGAUUAUUCAAUAAUAUUUUUUAAGUAAAAAAGCUCACAUUUUUUGCCGGUUUUCGAUUGGAUAAAAUUGUCAAAAUUGUUGUUGCUUUGUGCAGGGAGGUCUUUUAAGUUUUUAAGGAAAAUCCUCGAAAACGAUUCAUUGGGGAUUUUAUCAAAUCCUUCAAACAUUCAUUUCGCAGUGCUGUGAUUUUUUGUAAUCUCUCUGGUUGUUAUCAUACAUAUGUACACUAGACACUAGACACUAAACAAGAAAAACUAUCCAAUCACGGGCAGCCGUAGUCAUUUGAAUUUCCGAGCCGGG